AUUUAUAUAAUAUUUAUACAUACAUUAUACAGACAUACAUGUCCAGUGGCUAAAACCCACUUGCAGUUGCAGCGGCUAAUUAAAAACCAACACAGGUUUUGAAGAAAGAUUCACACACACACACACACACACACACACAAAAAACACAUUCUUUCCAGUUUUGCACUAAUUUAACCGGUCUGAAUAAACCUGUUUUAUCAAGAUUCGUUUUUUAUUUAUUUUGAAUUGAAGUGGGAGGAUCUUGGUGAAAAUGGGGGCACGAAUUUUGGUGCAACUGGUGGUGGUUUUAUCAUUUUGGAGUAGUAGUGUGUUUGUUGCAAAAGCAGAGGAUGAUUACAAGUACUACACAUGGACUGUAACUUAUGGAACUUCUUCUCCACUUGGCCUUUCUCAACAGGUGAUACUCAUCAACGGUCAAUUUCCUGGUCCUACCCUUGUGUCUGUGACAAAUGAGAACAUAAUCCUAAACGUUGUCAAUAAAUUGGACCAGCCUUUCCUUUUAACAUGGAAUGGGAUAAAGCAGAGGAAGAAUUCGUGGCAAGACGGUGUUUUGGGGACUAAUUGUCCGAUCCCUUCCAACGGAAACUUCACCUACAAGUUUCAAAUGAAGGAUCAAAUCGGAAGCUACACGUAUUUUCCGUCGACUCUUAUGCACAGAGCUGCCGGAGGAUUUGGAGCACUCAAUAUCUAUGCGAGAUCGGUUAUUUCAGUUCCUUAUCCGAAACCCGAUGGAGAUUUCACACUACUCGUCGGCGAUUGGUUUAAGACCGGUCACAAGGGAUUGCAGCAAACACUUGACUCGGGAAACCCGUUACCAUUCCCCGACGGGAUCCUUAUAAACGGGCGGGGUCGAUCUUCCUUCAGUGGUGAUCAAGGGAAAACUUACAUGUUCAGGGUUUCGAACAUCGGGUUAUCAACCUCGUUCAACUUCAGAAUCCAAGGCCAUAAACUGAAGCUAGUCGAAGUCGAAGGGUCCCACGUACUUCAAAACAUCUACGAUUCUCUCGAUGUCCACGUAGGACAGUCCAUUACAAUCCUCGUCACAUUAAAUCAAUCUCCGAAAGACUAUUACAUAGUUGCAUCAACAAGGUUCACACAAACAGUCCUUACGGCCACUGCAGUACUACACUACACUAACUCCCAAGUUCCCGUUUCUGGUCCCACUCCCGCGGGCCCCACUAACGAAAUAGCCUGGUCUAUCGAUCAAGCUCGAUCUUACAGGUGGAAUUUGACAGCAAAUGCAGCGAGGCCGAAUCCACAGGGUUCGUUCCAUUACGGUACAAUAGUGCCAACUAGGACGAUUGUGCUCGCCAACUCAGCGCCCGUUAUAAACGGGAAGCAGAGAUAUGCUGUAAACGGUGUUUCUUACAUCAAUUCGGAUACUCCUUUGAAGCUUGCCGACUAUUACAACAUCCCCGGUGUUUUCAGCGUUAACUCCAUACAGAGUGCGCCAUCUGGCAGUGGCGCCAGCCUGGCGACUUCUGUGCUGGGAACUUCCCACCAUGAUUUUAUCGAGGUUGUUCUUCAAAAUGACGAAAAUGCCAUUCAGUCGUGGCAUCUCGACGGUUACGAUUUCUGGGUUGUCGGAUUCGGGGCGGGAAAAUGGACGCAAGAUAGUAAAAAGACUUACAACCUUGUCGAUGCUUUGACUAGACACACUACACAGGUGUAUCCGAAUUCGUGGACGGCGAUAUUAGUAUCAUUGGACAAUCAAGGAAUGUGGAAUAUGCGAUCCGCGAUAUGGGGAAGGCAAUACUUAGGACAACAGUUUUAUCUUAGGGUUUAUAAUCCGACGCAAAGUCUAGCGAACGAAUACGACAUUCCCACGAACGCUCUGCUCUGCGGUAAAGCCGUUGGUCGAAAGCGCCGUUAGUUAAAUCGGUUAAAACAUUUUUUUUUCGGAGUCAAGAGAGGUUGACUGAUAUAUAUACAAGUAUAAUACUACUAUAGUGAGAGAGGAUUAAUAUUUGGCUCUUUAUUAAUUAUUUGUAUAUUUAUAAGGUUUGUUUUAAGACCAUUUGGCUGGUUUUGAUAUUUUAUUUAUGUGAUUUUAUAUGAAUAUUUAAAUUAUUUCCAAA